GUUCAAAUCAAUUUGUUAUUUUUGUCAUCACAAGCUAGAAUGUAAAACAGAACAUCUUAAAACGUGAGAUUGGAUAGUAGUUAACAUCUCGGAGAGGUCGGGAGUGUAUUAACAUCUUAACCACCGUCACCCACUCGCCAAAUUACACCAUGGCUGAACCAGAAAAGGCUCCUGAACAACCAAAGGUGCCCCCACAGAAGCAAAUCAUCGCUUCAAAGGUGAUGGGAACUGUGAAAUGGUUCAAUGUCAAAAGCGGAUAUGGAUUUAUAAAUAGAACUGACACCAAGGAAGAUGUGUUUGUACAUCAAUCUGCCAUAGUUAAAAACAACCCGAAGAAGGCUGUCCGCAGUGUAGGGGAUGGAGAAACUGUGGAGUUUGAUGUGGUAAUUGGAGAGAAGGGAAAUGAGGCAGCUAAUGUGACCGGCCCAGAAGGAGAGCCAGUCAAGGGAAGCCCAUAUGCGGCCGACAAACGCCGCAGCUAUCGCCAAUGGAGCUACCCUCGUGGAGGACCCAGGGGACCCAGAAGAAAUUACGAAGGAGGCGAAGGUAAAGAAGGGUCGGGUUCGGGAGGCGAGAACGGUGAUGGGCAAGGGCCCGUACAAGGAGGCGGCCCACCGCGUGGCCGAUUCCGCGGUCGCGCACGAUACAGCAGCUAUUACGGCCGUGGCGGACCGCGAAGAGGACCACCGCGCGAUCAUCAGACGGACGGCGACGAACACGAAGGCGCCGACGACUCGCAGGGUCAACCCCGCGGCUUGCGUCGCGGUGGCGGAGCUCCGCGCCGCUUCUUCCGCCGCAACUUCCGCGGCGGUCGCGGCGGAAUGCGCAGGCCGCGCAGCGAGGACGGCGGCCAAUCGGCCGGCAACAAUGACGGUGGCACCGGCGGCGGCGUCAGCGAAGGCGAGGGCGGACACGGCGAAGGCGGACAGGGACAGCGCGGACCGCCUCGCCCGCGCUACAGGCGCCGCUUGCCGCGUACAAACCGAAUGCCCCGCUACCAGAGUGAGGGAGGGGACAAGAAGCCUGAGGCAUCUUCAACUUCAAAUGGAAGUUCGUCCACCCCUCAAGAGGGUGGGCAACCCGUUCAGAACACCGUUACAGAAAGCACUGCUUGAGCAGUGGAACAUGUCUCGGGAAUCUCAAAGAUACCUUUAGCGAAUACAAUAUCUAUUACUGUUUGCUAAAAUAACAUUUUUAUAGACAUCCCCCUUUAAAAAUGAUAAGGAAAAUAGGUUGCACACAUAUUUUCUAAUGCAUAAAAACUGCAGGAUUGGUUUUCUUUUUUAUUUAAUUUAUUUAUGUGUGAAGUAUGAAACAAUGCUUAUUGCUGUGCAACCUCUUUGGUUAUGUAUUGUUAAAUCAUAAAACGUAAAGAUCUGAUUUUUAGUUUGUUUACAUUUUGACAAACCUGCAUUAGAAUUGAUUUGCAGUGAGUAAUUUUAGAGUUUGACAUUUAAUUUCAUUUUAAAAUAAUAAAAAAAAAUGCUUUAACGAUGCAUAUACCAAUUUCAUAGAUAUUAUGUUAAACCAACUAGUUGAAAAUGACACAUCUAAGGUAUAUUUAAAAUAAAACAUCAAAAAAAUUAUAUCAAAUGACUUCGAAUCAUUUAAUAUCUGCUUGUAACAAUAUAGAUAUUAAUAAUUCACAAGUUGAGAUAUCAAAAAAAAAAAAACACCUUAAUUUUUUUUGUCUAACAAAACCACCCUAUGUAAGGAAUAAAAAUAAAUA